GAGAUGGCAGCAGAACUGAUUGGCGCGCAAAACCAGCGUCAUGAACCAGUGUUGGUAAAUCAACGCUCGGAGGAGGUGUUGGAAAGCGGUUUUUCGUCGGCUGCAAAAUUCCAAUUAGCAAAAGAAGCGUUGUUGGAAUUUAAUGGGAACUCGUGUGGAAAGAAAUGGGUCGCGCAGCUGACAAACAUAAGCGGUGUAUAUGGAAUCAAAGGUGUACAAAUGCACAUGCUUCUAGUCUCCAAGCUUAAAGGACGGGCUCAUGAGUGGUUACAUGCCAAUAGUACGCGCAUUUUGGAACCCGUGGGCAACAUCUGUGAGCAGCUCGUCGAGUCGUUCGGGAAAACUGUGUCUCAAGCAGAUGCCAGGCGCUUAUUCGAGUCUCGAAUUUGGAGCGCCAAUGAGAGUUUCGUCAGUUACAUCGAUGAGAAGGCCAGGCUGUCAGAUGCUAUCUGCAUCAGCGAAGAGGAGCGAGUAGACAAAGCCAUUGAAGGGAUUCCUGUGGAGGGACUCCGCAUUCAAGCGCAGAUUCAAGGAUUCAAAUGCAUUGCAGAAUUACGCCGUGCAUUUUCAGGCAUUCAGCUACCGGUACAGCGAGCAGCAAGAGAAACUACAAAGGUGGCCGCUACGGGCAGACAUUCCAAAGAAGGUUUCCGUUGCUACAACUGCAACUCGAAGGGCCACAUGAGCAAGGACUGUAAGAAACCCGACAGAGUGCCAGGGUCCUGUUUCGGAUGCGGUGCCUUGGAUCAUUGGGUGGCUAAGUGUCCACUUAAUAAGGAGAAGCUGGCUAAAGGAUGCGACGACCAUGCUUCAUAGACUCAGGCAGUGAUGUUUCACUUAU